AUGUCUACUGGGUUCUUUUUACACAGAAUUUCCCAUCAGAACCUCCACCAAUGCGCAAAAAAGAGCUUCCCAACGUGUAUACUUGGAGCUGCGGGCACAGGAUGCCGGAAGGCGAGGAAAAAGUCCACUGGUGCAAGCCCGCGAUUGAAAGAGGCUCGUCCUGCAAGCACCCAAUUACAACCUCCAAGGGUGCCACUCGUGGUGAUGGCAAAGGAUAUCUCUGUCCCAGAUACCGUCAGGAAAGGGAUCCCAAGAGACGCAAGGAUGAUGAUGCCACUGGGGCUGGGGGUUCGGGCUUCACACUUGCUUCUCAGCCCCAUCGUAUCAAGACUCUUCUUGACGAGGUUUAUUCCCUUUGUCCGAGAAGCAACAGUAGUAUAUGGUUCAAAUUUCAAAGAUCAUUUGACUUCUAUGGCCGCGCCUGACGCGUUCUGGAUUUGCCUAGCUUAUUCUCACCGCCUCACUGGAGCUCUAACAAUUGUUGAAUCCUCCAAAGAAACACUCAACGUUAUCGUCGACCACCUGCAUACCGAUCAACAAGCUAAAUACAACAAGAAAAUUGUGCACCUGAAGCAGCCACCAAACUUCAUCGCCAUGGGCUACUCCGGAUAUAUCUGCAAAGCCGAUGAAGAUAUCUGCAAAGCCGAUGAAGAUAUCUGCAAAGCCGAUGAAGAUAUCUGCAAAGCCGAUGAAGAUACCAUCAUCAAACAUCCAAGGUACCUUCCCGAUAAUGAGCCUUAUAAUUAG